AUGAACGUUGUUAUCGUUCUAACAGUCCUUUUUGAAUGUAUAAAUAUUGCUUAUUUUUAUGAAUAUGACGAACGCAAAGUUAAAGCUUCAUCGCCAUCGGACGAUAUGGAAUUUGAGCCAGUGGUGCCUAUGAAUAAAAAUAAAGAGAAACAAACUGUUCUGAAGAACAUAAAUUGUGAUGAUUUUUCAAAAUACGCACUGAAUUGUACGGUUGAAGCUGCACUGAUGUAUAAUUCCAGUAGGAAGGCCCCUCCAAUGCCAUCCAAAGUUUUUGACUGGUGCAGAGCCAUCAGACAUCUCACAAAUUGCGCCAUUGACUGGAAUUCGGACUGUAAAGAUGUCACAGAUAGUCAUUUCAACGAGGAAAGUAUUCGCGGUCACAUGCACGUCGUUUCAAAUGUUUGUGACGACGAGUGGUUUCUGUCUAAAUAUGACACACUACCAGUGUGCAUUGAUGGUGCGAAAGAUGUUUGGGAAAACUGCUAUUCACUUUUCAAGACAUUAGUCGAUGAACAAAAGAACACUACACAUGAGUGGACUCAUUUUGACACUCAUUUUCAUAUGUGUUGUGCACGAGCUCAAUUUAGGCGCUGUACACUGGACGCACUUUUUGACAUGCCUUCAAUAUGCAACUACGACCAAGCAGUCACGUUGCAAAAAUUUUCAGUAAUUGUCUCUGAAGGUGACGUUUUUCAGGACUGCGAUCAUAACAUGAUGUACGGUAACUGCCCUGGCGGUGAUCCUCGACCAACAAGUCACACAUUACCGAAAAACGUGAAAGUUGACGGAAUUCAGAAAGACAAUGGAGGCACUAUACUAAUUCUAAGAAGCGAUAGCUUGCUAUUUUGUGUCGCAUACUUUGUAUUUAUGUGCGGGUUUGUUAAAUAA